UUGUAGGGAGAGGAACGCGUGCCGAGUAUAUGUGAAGCGGGUCUGCGCUCUUUCGCUCGCCUGUCGUUCUGGGAUUUUCUUGAUGCUCGAAUAGACCAGUUAAAGCUAUUUAAUUACAACAUUUCAUAUAAUGUAAAUCUACUAACUUGCAUCUACUUACAUCUAAAUCAUUCAUAUUUUCUCUGUUUGGUGAGUUCGGCUGACGAUUUCCUUUUGGAUUCAGGCGGAGAGCGGAACGGAACUAUGAACGUUACUGGAAUAAUUCAUUUUUGCCAUUUUCUCUAACGGGGACGAUAUUUUGAGGGAAACAACUGAUGAACUUUCGACUUGGAUUAUAAACAAAAAGUAAAGUGCAAGAGACAACGUCCUUUAGCAAUUGUGUUUGGAGACAAAAUGAAACCGAUUCUAAUCUCGGCUAACAAAAUGAGAGAAUUGUGAGUCAUCAUCUUCAGCUACUGUCCCCGCGUAAACCCCAGUCGCGUUGCGCUCCAAAUGAAAGAUUCUCUUACUGGAUCUAAGCACUGUGUACGCCAUCUGACACCCGAACCAACAAUCUGCGAUAGUGACGAUAGCUGUAAUUCUCCCCAAAGUGUUGGAAUACAAAGCUCUCCUGUUUCUGCACUGACACCUCUGGAUCCUAGUCGCCAAGCAAAGCGAUUACCCAUCAGGAUUCUCAAGAUGUUGACCGCGCACACAAGCCACUUGCUUCACCCGGAAUACCUUCAGCCCCUGACUUCUGCAGCCGUUAGCAUAGAGUUGGACGCCAAGAAGAGUCCCUUAGCCCUGUUGGCUCAGACCUGCUCCCAGAUAGGGAAGCCAGACCCUCCACCGUCCUCCAAGCUGAGCUCCUCCGGGGGGCAUUCCGAAAAAGAGUCCAGCUCUCGCUCCUCUUCCUCCAGCCUGAAGCUGGGCGAGCACCGGCCUGCCCCGGAGGACAAGUCCAGCUUCAAGCCUUACUCCAAGGUGGGCUCCGACUGCAGGAGAGACGGAGUGAGCUCCACCAGCAGUGGCAGCGGCAGUAACAGCAGCGACAAAGCCGGUUUCCGGGUCCCGCACAACAGCACCGGUUGCUCGUCCUUCCCCCCGCACGCCGUCUCCCCGAACUCCAGGGUCACUUCCGGGUCACCCCUGCCGUCGCACAUGCAGUCGCACAGACAGACGCACUCGCCCUCUGCCCAGUCCGCCCCGCACUCGCAGAUGGCGAACGGCGACCACAAGUCGGCGGACCCCACGAACUCUGACGGCGGGAGCGCCGGCGGCAAGAAGGAGGCCGAGCUGAGCGGCAAAGGCGGCCCGGACGGCGCCCAGCUGGCCAACUCCAGCCACGCCAGGGCCAGCGUCAACUCCAGCAACGGCAGCUCGGACGGCAGCCCCCGCCACGAGAGCAAGCCCGACUCCCAGUCCUCGCAGCACGGCCUGGGGCCCGGCCACAUCGCUCCCAUCUCCCCCUUCAAGUCGGGCCACUCCGUCUUCCCCCUGCCCUCGUCCGCCGGCAUGGGCUACCACGGCUCCAUCGUGGGCGCCUACGCCGGCUACCCGUCCCAGUACGUGUCCGGCCUGGAGCACGCCAAGUCCGGCCUCGGGGGCGGCAGCGUGGGCAUGAAACACCCGAGCUCCAGCCCGCUGACGGGCGCCUCUCCCCCGUCCUUCAUGCAGGGCCUGUGCCGGGACCCGUACUGCCUGAGCUACCCCAACGCCCCUCACCUGGGCGGCAGCGGCUGCACGUCGUGCAUCCACGACCCGUCGUCGUCCUCGGCGGCCUCGGCGGCGCUCAAGUCGGGCUUCCCGGGCCUGAUGUACUCGGGCCACCACCCGCUGCACUCGCUGCACCACGCCGGCGCGCUCUCCUCCGCCGGCGUGACGCCGGCGUCGCUCUCGCACCCGCUCUACACCUACGGCUUCGUGCUGCCCAACAACGAGCCGCAGCCGCACGCCUGCAACUGGGUGUCGGCCGGCGUGGGGCCCUGCGACAAGCGCUUCGCCUCCUCCGAGGAGCUCCUGGCGCACCUGCGCACGCACACCGCCUCCUCGCUCGACGGCGCCAAGCUGCUCUCGGCCGCGUACCCGGGCUCGUCCGCCGCCGCCGCCGCCGCUGCGGCCGCCGCCUGCCACCUGCACCUCCCCCAGAGCAGCGCCUCCAUGCCCAGCUCCUUCUCCCUGCGGGCGCCGCCCAGCCUGGGCCUGGCGCGCUACCACCCGUACGGGAAGAUGCCUCUGCCCGCCGCCGCCCAGACGCUGCCCAUGCACUCCCUGCAAGCCGGCGCGCCAUACUACUCGCACUACGCCCUCUACGGGCAGAGGCUGGGAUCUGCAUCCGCACUGGGCUACCAAUGAGUCACGAGUCUCGCAGCGCAGCGUUAGCCGGCUGGGCGCUAGCUUGUGCCUGCAUACACGCCCCUGCACCUGAACAGGGGGGGAAGAGAAAUGGGGCACGAUUGCAUGCCAACAGACUGCUUGGGCACAUCGAGAUGAGCUCAGUUACUGGA